UCCUUUCCCACUUUCCAAUCCCUCUCCCAACUCAUUCAACUCAUUUUCUACCAAAAACAAAUACACAACAACAAACUCUCUCACUUUCCAUCACUUUCUCGGGAAAAAAUGUCAGCCUGCAGCAAAAUCCGCCACAUUGUCAGGCUCCGCCAGAUGCUCCGGCGGUGGCGCAAGAAGGCGGCGCUGGGCUCCCGCCUCACCCCCUCCGACGUCCCCGCCGGGCACGUGGCGGUCUGCGUGGGCACCAACUGUCGAAGAUUCGUGGUUCGAGCGACUUACCUGAACCACCCGGUUUUCAAGAAGCUCUUGGUGCAAGCCGAAGAAGAGUACGGGUUCACCAACACCGGUCCAUUGGCCAUUCCAUGCGACGAGUCGGUCUUCGAAGAAAUCCUUCGGUACUUGUCCCGGUCCGAGUCAUACAACUCGACCCGGUUCACCAAUAUCGAGGACUUCCAAAGGUAUUGCCACCUCGGUAUCCGAACCAAUCUGGACUUCUGGCCCGAAUCUCGGCCUCUUCUUCAUGGGCUUACCGACAAGUCCGUUUGGUAAAACCAAAAUUUUGACCCGGGUUGUCUCGUUUGACUCGGCCGAGUGACUGCCGAGUCAGGGGGGACUUGUACUUACCAAUUUGAUAAAGGUAAGUUGGUGGGUUUUUCAAAUUAUUACUAUUAUUUCUUUAAUGGGGAAGGUGGUGAGUUACUGAAUACUGAGUUCUGAGUUUUUGAGUCUAAUAUAAUAUGGAGGAGAGUGAAAUGGUGAUGGCAAAUGAGUGGGCGAGUUGACCACUGAGUCGUCCCGGGUUCGAAUUGCAAGUGAGGAACAAGAGAGUCUAAAAGUGAUUGAAUGUGGGUCGCAUUUUUUUUAUUUUAUUUUUGUAAAUGAUGUGAUUUAUUAUUGAUUUGAUUAAUGGAAUUUGUAGAGCAAUUUAAGUGAUUGAUUAUCCAUUAUUAUUUGUUAAAUAUGUUUUCA